AUGCAGUGCUCGCUUCUUGGUCUCCAAAGGAUUGCGCUGGUCCUUCAUACAGUUGAAGCUCUCAAGAAACCAUUAGCCUUCUCCUAUGUGCAGAGAGCUUACUGUUGGGUUCGGGGCUUGGGAGGGAGGGAGGAAAAGUGUAGAGUCGGGAGGGGCUCGUUUCAAGGAGGCCUGGGGGACAACUCGGGUUUUGCUGGUUGGAAAUGGAUAGGGCUGUUGACCCAAACUUCUGAGUUGCUCUGCUCUUCGUCACUGCAAGGCCGAGCAAACAAAAGUAGAGGGAAAGUUCCUGUAACUUCCUUCCUGAAACCUGGUGGAGGGCGGCGUAGAGGAAGGGAACGUUUCCCGGGGAAACACCGGGAAGGGCUGGAAAAGCAGCUGCACGCAACCCGAAGAGAUGGGGCGCGGGGUGUAGGGCUGGCUCCGGUCGCAGGUCCGGGGAGGCCCCUUCCCGGCAUCGCUGCGCUCAGGGGUGGCUCCCUGAGAGGGCUAGGCUGCAGCCAGGCCGGUCUAAGUCCCGAGUCAAAACAACCACCUCAGGGGCGCAACACCGGCCGAGAUCUCCGCCACCCUGUCCCUCUCCUGCACCCCCACUCCCAGCGUCCCACGACCCGGCCCGCGCCGCCGAACCCCAACGAAUUCCGGAUCCCCCCUCCCGCCCCGAGCUCCACGUCGGCGCCCCCCACGGCGGGAAGGCCACCAGGCUCCCGCGACUCACCUGCACGCUGGAUCCCUGGGCAGCUCCGAGGGGGCGCGGGACGCAAUUCGAGCGCGACCAGCAGACUCAAACUUUGUUGCUCUCGGGACGGCGCAGUCGUCACUUCCUCGCCGAGCAGGCGGCGCGGUCCCGGCUGUGACCCAGCAGCUCGCGCGGCGGCGCGCAGGGCUCUGCAGCCUCCUGCCCCGCCCGCGCCCCGGCUCCGCGCGCCUCCGCGCGGCCCCCAGCCAGACCCUCGGUUCCCGGUGCUGCAGCGGCUGUGGAAGCUUCGUCCCUACCCUCACUCUGCUCUUGGGGAAAGUGCGAUCGGAGACUUCCUGCUCUCCCUUGAGUCUAAAAGAUCCCCACCUCUUCCUUGUGCACUCAAGUCUCAGAAUCUCUGGAGCCUGGUGCGUUCGGGUGUCAUCAUUAGCCAGAAGUGAUUUUACAAGGUG